AUGGAAGGAAAUGCCCACUCAGUUGACUCAUCUCAUUCACCUUCAAAUGAUGAAGUACAUGCCUGUGUUGGUAAAUUUAGUGAACUAGUUUCCAACCUUGAUUUUUCUAUUAACAACUUCAUUACGAAGUAUCCUUUUCUAAAUGAUAUGCAGUUAGACCUAUCCAAGAAUCCAGAGUGUGAGACUGAUAUUCCCACCGAAAAUCUUCUUGUAGAUGUACACAAAGAACUGUUUUAUUUGAUGGAAGAUUUAACCUGUGUAAAUUUCUCCGAUGACCCUUCCUUGCAACUUUAUCAUUUUCGAUACAAUAUUGUCCAUGAAGAAGAGAAGAAAUUAAAAAGUGAAGAUGAAGGUGACUACGAUUUUGUUUUGGAAGAUGAAUGCAGAAAACUUAAGUUAAUAAUUAAUAAUCUUAAGACUAAAAGUGAACAUAUCAAACAUGAGUUAUCUCAGGAGCUUCAAAACGUUGGUGCUGAUUACCUGCCGGAAGCGGUUAUUCUGUACAAAGACUUGUAA